UGAAACAAUUCUAAACAUGCAAGUGAAAUAAUUGUAAACAUGCAGGUGAAACAAUUCUAAUUUUUAAUUUUCAUUUUAAAUCUGCAAACCCUAACCUAUAGCUUUUUAGACAUAACCUGAAAAAUUGACAAACGUUUGCUGAUGGGUACACAAGAAAAGAAAAAUCUUUAAUGCGAACCACGAAACAAUACAACAACAAAAACACCGAAACGGAAAACAACAGGAUUCAAAAACUUUUGUUAUCAGAAUACUGUGAUUUUUCUGACACUGUACUAGUCGAAUCACCAUUUGCUGAAACCACUAGAGAUGGACAUGGUUUGAGACAAGUAGCAUUAGGUUUGACACCUAAAAGAUUGAUCAUUGCAGCUGACGUUUUCAAACAAAAUUCAAAUCAUUUUAUUUGUCCCGUUGACCUGGAUCCAAGCAUUGAAAGUUUUGAAUUGGUUUCUGUAUAUCCUUUGGAUUACAUUACAUUGACAAUAUUUGCUAGAAGACACCGUAAAACAUUGAAAGGAAGGCUGAUAGAUGGUAGAAUUCAUUAUUACGAGUUAGGUGGUAUUAAUCGUAGAGAAAUUUAUUGGAAAAUAUGGUGCGAUCAUAUUCGUUGUUUACUCGAACGUAAAACUAAAAGUAGUUCAUUGUCUGAGACAAGUGUUGCCAGUUCUUCGAGUACAACAACUGUUUACUUGUUAUCAUCAGAAAUUGAAAUUGAUGACAAUUUGUCAGGAAACAAACAAAGAAACGUAUACAGAAUUUGGGCUCAUUAUGGUGGUGCUGGUGACAAUAAUCGUCCAACAUGGUUGAACAAAGAUCUUUACCUUGGUCCAUCGUACAACGAAUUAAUAUUCGGUUAUUACAAACCAAUUCCUGUGAGAUUUGCUGGAGCAAGUUUGGAAGAAAUCAAAUAUACAUUGACCGAUCAUUCACCUAAUAUAAUUAUUAAAAAACCUUGUCAAAGUUGGCCAGAAUGUCGUAAAAACAAGUACAAUAAAAAAUCAAAACACGAUGACGAUGAUUUGUGUGAUGUUUUGUUUGUCAGGGAUGAUAAGGAUAAACAAAUUCUUACAAGUUGCAAUUGUUCUUCCUGCGAUCAUUGCAAAUCUCAGGAAAAAUUACUCGAAACUUUAUGGAACAAUAAUAAUAAUAAUAAUAAUAAUAGUCGUGAAAAAUCAAACAUUUCGUUAGAAUCAACAAAAAGUUCGACAAAAAUCCCAGAUAAAUCGAUAGAACCAAUAAUAAAAAAAAGGACAAAAUCAAAUUGCAAAAAACACCAUCAACAACAAAAACCAACGAACAUUUUGAUAUCAAAAGUCUCCCGUUUUGGAUUUGGUGUUGCAGAAAAAUGUAAUUCAACUUUAAUUUUAGGCCCAUCACAAAGAAAUCAUCAUCAUCAUCAUCAUCAUCAUCAUCAUCAUCAUCAUCGUAACAAUAACAAAACAAAUGAAAAUAAAAACGAUCCUAAGAUAAAUAUCUACGAAUUGAUCGAAAAUUGUGUCAAAAUGUGGGAAGGGGGUAUGAUAAAUCAAACGGGGCCAAGGAAAAGUCAAAAACACUCGAGAAGAUACGGUCUGAUAACUGCGGCAUAUUUUUUUCGUGCACUGGGACCAUGGUCAGUCCAAUCAGGUGAACGUGAAUCCGUUCAAGGUCGUAGAACGGUGAGCGCAGUUAACAUAAGAAGACAAUGCAUUGAACCUGAACUAAGAUUACCAGUGUCACGUCGUCAAUUGAUAGCAAGUGUGUCAUGCAGUGCAUUGGAACCUGGUGGUUGUAGUGCAAUUGGUCCAGCUACUAAAGAACAAGUUGUAUUAUUCUGGACACCAGAAUAUUGGUACAGACCAAGAGCAGCUAUCACAGCUUACAGAGAACUGAGAAGACAUCUGACAUCUAUCAGAGAUUAUCAUCAGAAAAAGGAACAAAGGAAAAAUGAGAAAAGAUUCUUUUACGUACGCAAACGAUCAAUUCCCGUUUCCAGUAUUUCAUUGGAAGAAAAAUCUGGUGGUUUGUUAAAACGAAUAUUUUCAACAAGUGUACCUAACAAGAAAAGAAAUAAAAGGAAAGAAUCUAACCAAAAUGGUGAUGAUGAUGACAAUGAUAACAACAGUGCAAUGUAUCAAUUGAAAAGAUUACUGAGAUUAGAAAUGCGUGUAACUGUAUGGGACUUGGAUAGUACUACCAUUGCAAAACAAUUAACUAUGAUUGAUAGAGAUCUAUUUGUUCGUAUACCCAUUACUGAAAUUGAGAUAAUUAUCUUUCAAAAAUCAUCAAGAAAUGCACCGAAUUUAGGAGCUUGGGUUGCAUUUGGUCAUAGGAUUACUUGUUUAACUAUCAGUGAAAUACUUGCUAUUAAACAAAUUGAUAUGAGAACUAGAAUGAUGGCUAGAUUAAUCAAUGCUGCUAAUAAAUGUUUCGAUAUUGGAAAUUUUCAUUCAUGUAGAUCUAUUUUAGCUGGUUUACAAUCACCACCGAUUUAUCGAUUGAAAUGUAGUUGGACAUAUUUACGUAUUCAUCAUGCUAACAGAUACGCCAUUAUGGAAAGACUUUGCAAAAUUUAUAAAAAUCCUAAUUCUUCUUUAUACCGAAGAGCAUGGGCUAAAGCAAAACGAAACCCACCUUGCAUACCUUACAUAGGUGAUCUUAUAAUAAGACUUCUAGGACUCCAUAUUUCUCAAUAUUCCGAAAAAAGCACCCUAUCAAAACCCUCCAAAUUGUUUCUAUCAAAAAACAUUACGAGAAAAUCUUUAGAAGACAAACCCCAUCAUCAACAAAAUACAAGAAAAUUCUCAAAUUCUCAUGAACACAAGGAAAAAAAUGAUUUAUCAAUUACAUUGAGACAAGAAGAAUUAGCACGAAAAUACUUCGAUCGUUGGAAUUACAUAACCUUAAAAUCAACUAUUAAAAAACAAGAUGAAGAAAGAUUGAACAAAAUGAAUGAUAAAAGUAAACGUGUCCUUGAUUUGUCAAUUUGGAUGAACGAUUGUCAAAAAUUUGCACGUGGUUACAAUUUUUCGCGAAAUACAUUGGCUAGGGAAUUUUUGUUAAAGGCACGUUACAGAGAGGAUCGUGACAAUUUUUUUAUCAGUUUAAAACUCGAACCUGCUGAUACUUAA